AUGAGUAGGCGCGAGGGCGGCGCGGCGGAGCUCGAGCUACUCAAGGCCGUGGCUCAGGCCUGGCACGGUCACGCCGGCGACUCAGGCAGCGCCGCCGAGUUCGACGUCGCCGCUGCCGCAUGUAGAAAAGGCGCGAACCAGAGCAGGCCCACGCGGUUCAGAGUUGAGGCCGCUCGCCGGCAAGUGGCGGAGUCUCAGCGGUGGGACUUCGCCCAGUCUCUGUGGGACUCCUACGAGAUCGUCACCGUCUCGAAGAAGCUCGAGUCGGGGCUGGCGGCGGAGGACCAGAACGCGGUUGAAGGCGGCGCUCCAGUGCCGCCGGGGGGGAGGAGGACCAAGAAGGAGAGCAAGAGAAGCCUGAGGAAUCUCCUCCGGAUUCCCUCCAGGAAGUCCGGCGACGAUCUCGACGUCACCGACAGGCCCAGUGAAGAGCAGGAGGUCAUCUGA